AUGUUGGUUAAAUCUUUCAUUCCCGAUGUUCUUCAGCACUAUUUGGAUGCAAACAUGCGACUGAGCAGCGCGUACUGCAAGUACAACCCAUCAAUCCCAGAAUACUUGCACAACAGACCUCCGCACUUUUUGAAAUGUUGCCUUGAAAAUCGAUACGCUUCAGCCAUUUACAAACAGGACGACAUACCUCCGGUUAAUUUAAAGAAGGGCACGUUCAAUGUCAAGAGCGAGAGCAAUGUUGGAAAAAAACAUUUCAUAGACUUCCGAGAACCAAGUUGUACUUGCAACAUAUGGCACACUACCCAUUUCCCUUGCAAACAUUUUUUCGCAGUUUUUUCUUUCUAUGACGAGUGGGAUUUCGAAAGUCUUCCAGAAGACUACCGAAAUAGCGUUUUCAUCACUCUCAACAAUGAACCUCUUGCAUUGCCACAAGAUACUACGCCAGAAGAACUAGAGGAAGCCAAUACGUCAUCAUGGAGCACCAUCAAAAGAGACGUUGUUUUGCAAAAAUCAUUGUCUUCUGAUAACAAAAAAUAUAUCCACGACAUACCCCACGAAGAAAAAGUUAAGUUUGAAACUACUUCAAACAAAAGUUCCAAAAGGCUCAGAAAGAUCUUGCAAGAACAACUGGGCCAAAUACACAGUAUGACCUUCCUGAUCGACAACGAGACCACUCUACAAGAAGCAGUGCAAAAAGCUGAAAGCUUGAAACAGUUUCUUGAACAAAACUUUCCCACAGAAAAUGGUUUGCCCCUUCGAUUGAGUCCUGUGAAAAAAAAAUUAAAGGUUACCGAGACAAAAUACCAUCAAAUCUUUCAUAAGGCCCUACCUCCCAGACGACGCAAGACAAAAAAAUCUACACCAUUUACAAUAGAUCUUACUAAUGUGGGCGAUGAAAUGGCACAAGUGUCCACUAAUGUGCAAAACCAGGAGAAUGAAAAAAGAAAUUCAAGCAGUGUUGACGUCUCAGCUGAGCACAAGGCAAAUCCACUGGAUUGCUUACUGAAUGCCUCUCUAAAUGGAAUUAAGUUAGGUGAUCAAAUGCUAGAAUUGGGACCAAACAAAGUUACUCUUCAGGAUUUAUGGACCCUCAUUCCACCAAAUGAGAUGACUAAAUAUGCUGCCACACUAAUUGAAAAUAAAACUGUGGCACCUGGAUGGCUUAGUGAUACAGUUAUCAACGCUUUCUUAUGGAAACUUUCAUGUGAAUAUCCUGGUGUCCUACCAGCAGAAUCAUAUGUAUGUCAGUUGGUGCAACGAGGAUCUAGUACACGUCAACUGUGGGCAGAUCAAAAUUUCAUGGCAAUUGACACAAUAAUAUUUCCUCUCAAUAGGUCUGGGAGCCAUUGGACACUUUUGGUAAUCGACAAACAAAAAGAGAUGGUAUACUACCUUGAUCCUAUGGAAGGUCAUGUAGAAGAAGUUAUCAGUGAGGCAACAAGAGUUGAACUUUCACAGUUUAUCAAAAGCAUUUGUGCCCUUGUUGAUCUAAAAAGUGGGUGGAACACAUCAACUUGGUCUAUUAUUCAGCCUUCACACUAUGUGCAAGAGGAUGGGUUUAACUGUGGAAUAAUUAUUUGCCUGUUUGCUGAAUAUCUGAGUCAAAAUCUUGACAUAAAUGCAAAGUUUGACAUGAGAAAAGUGAGGCAGCACAUGACUUCAACGAUUAUGGGUUCUUGCUAUGAUGACAUUUAUGAGAGAAAUAGUUUGGUAUGCAAGAUUUGCAAGAUGGUGAAGACUGGUAGGGAUGUGAUUCAUGUGGGCAGUACUUUCAUGCAAGUUGUUUGAAUGUUGACUUUGGACAAACUCUGACAGAGUACUUUGCUUGCCCAUAAUCGUAUAAUAAUACAAAACAUAAAUUGUAAGAUUUAAAAGUGCCGAAUAAAAAAGACUUACCGAUUAGAA